UCUUGUUUUUUCCCCUUCUGGUCAGCUGGAUGUGAUGGAACUCAUGUUCGCGGAGUGGGAGGACGGCGAGAGGUUUUCCUUUGAAGACUCCGACCGCUUUGAAGAAGACUCUCUUUGUUCCUUCAUCUCCGAGGCGGAGAGCCUGUGCCAAAACUGGAGAGGAUGGAGGAAGCAAUCGGCCGGACCCAACUCUCCCACUGUCAAAAUGAAAGAUGGGCUGGUGAUCCCACUGGUGGAACUGUCUGCAAAGCAGGUUGCAUUUCACAUUCCAUUCGAGGUGGUGGAGAAAGUUUAUCCGCCAGUGCCUGAGCAACUGCAGCUGCGGAUUGCCUUCUGGAGCUUCCCCGAAAAUGAGGAAGACAUCAGGUUGUACUCGUGUUUGGCAAAUGGCAGUGCAGAUGAGUUCCAGCGCGGCGAGCAGCUGUUCAGGGUGAGGGCUGUCAAAGACCCUCUCCAGAUAGGCUUCCACCUGAGUGCCACGGUGGUACCGCCGCAGAUGGUGCCGCCCAAAGGUGCCUACAACGUGGCCGUGAUGUUUGACCGCUGCAGGAUCACGUCCUGCAGCUGCACCUGCGGAGCCGGCGCCAAGUGGUGUGCGCACGUCGUGGCGCUCUGUCUCUUCCGGAUACACAAUGCGUCUGCCGUUUGCUUACGGGCACCUGUUUCUGAGUCCCUGUCUCGGCUGCAAAGAGACCAGUUGCAAAAAUUUGCUCAGUACCUGAUCAGUGAACUUCCACAACAGAUUCUUCCAACUGCUCAGCGCUUGCUGGAUGAGUUGUUAUCGUCUCAGUCCACUGCCAUCAACACAGUGUGUGGAGCCCCAGAUCCCACUGCCGGACCCUCUGCAUCAGAUCAAAGCACCUGGUACUUAGAUGAGUCUACUCUGAGCGACAACAUAAAGAAAACUCUUCAUAAGUUCUGUGGACCCUCUCCUGUUGUUUUCAGUGAUGUGAAUUCAAUGUAUCUCUCUUCCACGGAGCCACCAGCUGCUGCUGAGUGGGCCUGUCUCCUGCGCCCUCUGCGAGGAAGGGAGCCCGAGGGAAUCUGGAACCUGCUCUCCAUCGUGCGGGAGAUGUUUAAGAGACGGGAUAGCAACGCAGCUCCUUUGCUGGAGAUUUUGACUGACCAGUGUCUCAACUACGAGCAGAUCACGGGCUGGUGGUACAGCGUGCGCACGUCCGCGUCGCACAGCAGCGCCAGCGGGCACACGGGCCGCAGCAACGGCCAGUCGGAAGUGGCUGCUCACGCCUGUGCCAGCAUGUGUGACGAGAUGGUGGUGCUCUGGAGGCUGGCUGUCCUCGACCCAACUAUCAGUCCGCAGAGGCGCAGGGACCUUUGCUCACAGCUCAGACAGUGGCAGCUGAAAGUCAUAGAUAAUGUCAAGAGGGGUCAGCACAAGAAAUCCCUGGAGAAGCUCUUCCAGGGUUUCAAGCCAGCUGUGGAAGCCUGUUACUUCAACUGGGAAGAGGCUUAUCCCAUUCCUGGGAUCACGUAUAGCAGCACUGACAAGAAGAACUCAUUCUGUUGGGUAAAGGCCAUCCAGCAGCGGAGCUGCCGGUUGCAGUGCGCAGAAGCUGCCUGUGAGACUGGCAGAGCCCACGGCCAGGAGCCCGGGGGGCCGUGCCCGCAGCCAGGGGACAGGCCACGGCCCUCUCCGCAGGAGCCGGCGGUUCGGCCAAAGGAGCUCACUGGGAAGCGGAAAGUUGUCUCUGAAGCACCGCAGAGGGUCCUGAGGCGGCUUUCAGCGGAAGGUGAUAAAACUGUGUAUAAAACUGGAGUGGGCAAAACCAAGUUGCCAGUGAGCAAAGGCUUGACCAGCAAGCACAGCGGGAAACGCCGCAUGAGCAGUGAAGACAGCUCCUUGGAGCCGGACCUGGCAGAGAUGAGCCUGGACGACAGCAGCUUGGCUCUGGGGGCAGAAGCCAGCAACACGUUUAGUUUUACAGAAAGCCCUCUGAGCAGGAGCUACAGGGACACCUUUGAGGAGGAUGGUGGGGUGUAUUUCUCCGAGGGACCUGAGCCCAGUGUCAGGAGCAGUUCUGCAUCCAAGAAAUCACCCAAGGAUCCUGUGGGAGAAACGGGUAGUGGCGAUGAUGACCCACCUUCUGCAGAUGAGACCAGCGGUGGUGUGAGCCUGAAGCCAGAAGAAUUGGAGGAGAAUGGUGCAGCAGGGGGAGGGGACGAGGGAGAAGAGGAAGACGAUUACCAGGUAUACUAUCUGAAUCCACAGGAAGUAGCCAAGGAAGAUGAUGACAAAGCUGAAGGAGGAAAUGAUGAGGAACAAGAUAUAUUUGCUGGUAUAAAGCCUCUGGAGCAGGAGAAUCGGAUGGAGAUCCUGUUUGCCUGUGCAGAGGCUCUAUAUGCACAUGGUUACAGUAGCGAAGCGUGUCGCUUAACUGUAGAGCUGGCCAGGGACCUACUGGCCAACCCUCCAGAUCUCAAAGUGGAACAGCCACCAACUAAGGGCAAAAAGAACAAGGUAUCAACAAGUAAGCAGACCUGGAUGGCAACCAACACCUUGUCCAAAGCUGCUUGCCUGCUGACUGUAUUGAGUGAGCGGCUGGAGUACCACAACCUGGCCUUCCGAAUAGGAAUGUUUGCCCUGGAGCUGCAGAGGCCACCUGCUUCUACCAAGGCCCUGGAGGUGAAGCUGGCAUAUCAGGAGUCUGAGAUUGCAGCCCUCUUGAAGAAGAUUCCCUUGGGCACUAAUGAGAUGAACACUAUUCGAGGAAGAGCUGAAGAACUGCGAGAAGGGACCUUGUGUGAUUAUCGUCCUGUCCUGCCUCUCAUGUUGGCUAGCUUUAUUUUUGAUGUCCUGUGCACUCCAG